AUGGAGACGACUUUGCUGUCGUACUCCCGGCAGAGUCUCCCUAGGCCUGCACGUCUCUAUUCUACGCCCUCCAAAAGGGCAAAUGCGCCUGCGCUAGGUACUUCGUAUGCUCCAUCAGAUGCGUACCCAGCAUACAUGCUGUCACCCACUGCACCCUCGGCUGCACCCUCUGCAUCCUCGACUGCACCCUCAUCAACGACGCCCGAGGAUGCACACAACGCAAUGGACGGCUUCCUGCGGCGUCGCAUGCCGUACACCAUCCUCCCGACUCCCCUACCAAGCGGCGAGACUACUCCUCUAAAUGAUUUAUAUUUUACCGACUCGCCAACUCAGGAUUUUGUCUCGGUCAUGGACGCCUGUCUUCACAACUUGUAUGACGUUGCACGCGCUAAGGAAAUCUUCCACCGCCUGCGGGCCACGAGCAGGGGGGAAGCCGUCCUCGACGCUCGAGUGUACAAUGCGCUUUUGGAUGCAUACAUACGAAUGGUUUCAAAAGAGACGGACGGGGUCGGCCACAUUCUGUGGCUGGAGGAUGCGUGGGCGCUGUACGACGAUAUGGAGUGCGAGAAGGUAAAGGUGCAGCCGACUGCGAAUACAUACGCGAUCAUGUUGCAAGCGUGGCAUCGGUUCGGACCCGAUUCGGCGGAUCCCAUCAACGUCGUGGUCAAGACCUAUAAUCCUGCGGCGCUGUUGCGAAGCAUGAUCAACCGACAGAUACCUGCUACGCUGGUUGUCUCGGAUCGUGCUAUCACCAGCUCGGAAGAUGCGUCAAGUAUCAUUACGCUGCUCUCAAAAGCUGCUGUGGAGUUGGAUCUAUCCAAGGUCGUCAAUGAGCUUGGGAUGGCGGAGUCGCUUGGCAGGCAGACUACUGACCCUUUGGACGACGUGCCGCAGGCAAAACCGGUCAUGCGCUUAAAAAAACAGGACAUUCAGGUGACCCAUUCGGAAGACGGCAGCGUCGUUGACAUUGCUCCCGGCAACGUCCAGGAGCCGGAGUAUGAGGUGCCUUUCAACCUGGAGACCCUUCGAAGGCACCUAUCGCAAAUCAUCUUCGCCCGACGAGUUCUUCCGGAGGACGUUGCUGCCCGCCAGAAACUAUUGGAAGAGUCUGUCUACGAUGUUGCGGUGCAGCGGCUCAAGCAUCAGGCUGAAGUACUCGAUGAACUCGGUCUCGGCAACAAACACCUGCACGAUGUCGACUUGCGGACAUGGAUGUGGAAUUGGCAUCAGAAACUUCAAGUGCGUCUCAAGGCGGAGAUCGCGAACUUGGAAGUAAGCGAACGGGGUCUAAACGAUGGGGUGCAAGUCGGGGCUGGCGAAGUGAGGCGGGUCGUUGGCUUGAGCCCUUUCCUUUCACUCCUUAAGCCGGAGAAGUUGUCACUUAUCACCAUACUGGAGCUCAUGCAUCUGCAAGGUUCCGGCGGUGUAUCUGACGGGAUGAAAACUGCUCGGGCACUCUUGGCCGUUGGACGAGCAGUUGAGUUAGAGCACAAGGCAGAAAUGUGCAAGAAGAACAACAUUGCAGUACCGACUGUAAACCUUCAUCGACCAGACAGCUUUUUCACUGGUUUGGGCUACCGGGACUUGUAUACGCGCCGCCUCGCCGCUAGCAAGCACUCGUUGAAUUCGGAAGACUGGGCAGCAGAGUGGUCGCAACUCGUUCGAGUGAAGAUUGGGAGCUUCCUCGUUGACUGUCUCAUGGAUGUUGCCACUGUCAUGCGCUCUGCCACGGAUCGUCGGACCGGAGAGUUGGUUACCGAAGAGCAACCCGCGUUCUUCCACUCAUACGAGUACCUGCGUGGACACAAGCUCGGUGUCAUAAAGCUUAACCCCGUGCUCAUGGAUCGUAUGGCGAAAGACACAGUGUCAGAGACCUUGCAUCCACGGCACCUUCCCAUGUUGGUCAAGCCGAAACCUUGGUUGGAUUAUGACCAAGGUGGCUAUCUGUACAAUAAGUCGUCGGUCAUGCGAUUCAAAGAGUCGCAGGAACAGCAAAGCUACCUCCGCCAUGCAUCUUCGCAAGGAAAUCUGGAAUUAGUUUAUGCCGGGUUGGACGUUUUGGGCAGCACACCGUGGCAAAUCAACCGUCAGAUUUUCGACGUCGUCCUACAGGUAUGGAACUCCGGAGAACGAUUGUCGAAGAUUCCACCCGCAGUCUAUGAUGCACCAGAGCCCAAGAAACCGGAAAACUUCGAAUCCGAUCCCAAGGCACGGAUGAUUUACAUUCAAAGGCAGAAGGCUUACCUCCAUGGUAAGGCGAACAACCACUCCGAUAGGUGUAGUGUGAACUAUAAGAUUGAGAUCGCAAGGGCUUUUUUGGGCGACACCAUCUACUUCCCUCACAAUCUCGAUUUCCGUGGCCGUGCAUAUCCUUUACCACCUCAUCUGAGCCAUAUAGGCGAUGAUCUGAGCCGAGGUCUUCUCAAGUUCCAGGAGGCAAAGCCUCUAGGAGAGCGUGGUCUGCGAUGGCUCAAAAUUCAUCUGGCUAACCUGUACGGGUUCGACAAGGCUAAUUUCGACGAACGCGUUGAAUUUGUCGACGCACAUCUGGAGGAUAUUUUCGACAGCGCGGAGAAACCGCUCGAUGGCCGCGGUUGGUGGAAGCUUGCGGAUGAUCCUUGGCAAUGUCUCGCAACCUGUAUGGAAUUCAAGGCAGCGUUGGAUUCUCCGAAUCCCCUUGAGUAUGAAUGUGCCCUUCCCGUCCAUCAGGAUGGAACUUGUAACGGCCUGCAACAUUAUGCUGCUUUGGGCGGUGAUGCAACAGGCGCCAAACAAGUCAAUCUGGACGUCACGGAGAAGCCAUCGGAUGUAUACACCCACGUGGCUACUAUGGUAGCCCAGCUCAUGCAGAAGGAUUUGAAGAAGGGCCAUAAGUAUGCUAAGAUGCUUGAUGGAAAGAUCUCCAGGAAAGUUGUCAAGCAAACGGUGAUGACCACCGUCUAUGGCGUUACCUUCGUUGGCGCUCGCGAGCAAAUAGAAAAGCAGCUGAAGGACAGGGGAGACAUCCCGGCUGAGGAAUGCUGGUUGGCAGCGUCAUACAUCGCGAAAAAGGUUCUUGCGUCCAUUGGUAAUCUCUUUAAGGGCGCGAACGAGAUUCAAAGCUGGUUGAACAUCUCUGCACGUCUCAUUGCGAAAUCAAUACCACCCGAUCGUCUACGUUCCGCUGAGGGUAUAUCCACCGCGGGUGAUGUCAUCCGUAGAGGCCCGAGAAUGGUGAGCGCGGACCGUCUGAGGAAGGAGCAGAUGACAAGUGUCGUCUGGACCACGCCGUUGGGGUUGCCCAUCGUUCAGCCGUACAGGUCUAUCAAGCGCAAACAGAUUAUGACUGCCUUGCAGACGGUUUACAUUUCCGAUCCCAAUGUUCCUACCGCAGUCAACGCCGCCAAGCAGGCUUCUGCGUUCCCGCCAAACUUCAUUCACAGUCUUGAUGCAACACACAUGAUGCUGACCGCUCUUGAGUGCAGGUCUCAAGGCAUCACCUUUGCCUCAGUACAUGAUUCAUACUGGACGCACGCAGGCAGUAUAGAUCAGAUGUCUGCCAUCAUUCGGGAAACCUUCAUUGCGUUACACUCAUCGGACGUGCUGACCAAGCUCUUCGAAGAGUUCCGGGAACGGUACAAGGGUUACAAAGUGCCGGUGAUCCAUCUCAGAUAUGGGAGGCUGAUCAGCAAACACAACCUCGCCGGUACUGAAGCCUCUGACAACGUCGCCAAUUUGCCCGGCGAGGAUGCCGUGCUGACCUUCCCAGGAGACGCGAAAGCGGAGGCGGAGGCGUCGGGCGAGGAGGUGAUUGAAGUGGAUGCCGAAGCUGUGGCCAACGAUGAAGAAGCGCCGAAGAAAAAGAAGAAGGCGUCGACAUGUACUACAGAUUCAGUAGCAGUUGCGAAGGCGGCUGGCUUCACCGGCAAGUUCGUCGAACUGGUAGACAUCCUGCCGCCUCUGCCGCAGAAGGGUGAGUUCGACGUGAACACCAUCAAGAAUUCUCUCUACUUCUUCUCGUAG